UCCUACGCUGGCGUGAGGCGUGUUGCUGCUGCAGGACAAGGACAUUAGUACAUGGAAUGACAUUUGUGUAACGUUUGAUAACUUCCAAUUUCGAAAUAUUACGUGGGAUAUCAAAGUAAAACACCUGACUUGGAGGAUUAUUGUCUUACUAUCUGGUCAUUGCUAAACUGACUAAUAGCAGUUUCGAUCCAAUUCGCUUCUGACACAGCAGAUGUUUUAUUGGGAUUGAUAGGGUAACGAGAAGAUAAAGAGCUGGUCCUUCCUUGGGGUUGCUGUGGAAUGGUGGUGUGGUGACUGUCUGGGGUGUCCCCUACAUGCCCCUGCCCCUGGUGAUUGGAGUUACAUAUACCCCCUGUUUGUGAAUGGCUACUUGUAGAGGGGGCAUCGCCUUGUGGGUGGGGUGUGUGAGGAGCCAUGGCAGCAGGCAACCAGUCAAGCAACAGUGCUGGAGUCUUGCUCAGGCGCUGGAUGUGCAGUGGAGUGGACAGAUCCGGUCGCUCAGCAGCGUGUCGUGGGCCCUGGUUCCCCCCAACAGUCUGAGGUACCAGAACAUCAAGCAGCUGGCCCUGUCACACCCCUUCCACCAUGCCAGCCAGGGCCAACCCCACAGCCAGAGGCCCCCGGACCUGGACGAGGACUGGGAAGAGACUGUCAGCCUGUGUGUAAUGGUGCAGCCUGGCCCUGUUGAGUGUGAUGGCCAGCACACCCUGGUGGAGGUGCCUCUAUUUGGGCAGAUUAAACUAGGUGAGCUUCUGGCUCCGGGAGGACUCAGUAGGCCCGUGGAGUUCCUCUUCCCCCUAACCACGGUGGACGGGAGCCGAGAGGAUGACAUCAGCAUUGGGACGACUAAGGUUCAGGCAAGAGGUUCCAAGAUGAUGAUGAACGAGGGAGAGACGGAAACAGAAAAGAGGGAGAGAGGAUCAUUCCGGAGCCUUUUUGAGACGGAAGGAUGUCCCGCUCCAUUUAUGUAUGGAUCUAGAUUCUACUGCUUCCACUGUCCAGGGAUGGAGCCGUUGCCUGGUUACGGGAACAAAUCUGGCCAUAUGAUUGGACUAGAGAAGGAGUUGUCACUGUUGCUCCACACCUCUCUGUAUAGUAGCUACACAGAGAGAGAGACAGUGCAGGAGGGUCACAGAGAGAAGGAGAACGAGGAGAAACUGGCAUUGAUGUAUGAAAAGCUGAGGAUUGAGCUUCCUAGUUUCUUUGUGAAGAGUCAUGACUACACCAUGUACACAAAUGAUAUCGAGUUCGUCAACUGUAUUCUAAAUGCCAAGACCAGGGGCAGAGUUCUGUACCAGCUGAGCCUGUCUCUGUGGAGGCUGCUGUGUCUCUGUUACUAUGCUGAGGCCCGGUUAGAGGUACUGAAGCUGACCAAGCACCCAGAGGACAGGACCAUCAAGGCCAGAUGGAGGGUAAGAGGACUGCCCUUCGUCUCUCUGCUGCUGAGAUUCUACCGCAAAGACAAAACUGACCUCUACAGGUCAUAUGAUGCAUUCUCUACCUUCUACCUUGGCCAUGAUGGACUCAUACAUUGUCACAAAGUGGAAAAAGUGAUGAAGGCCCAGCCGCCCAUCCUGCCCGGGGUGAGCACUCUGUUAGCGGGAGCCCUCGUGGCCCUGGGGGUCCAGGAGCACCGGCCGGCCCUCAACCUCCUGCCCCCCCUGCUCUCCUCCCUCCGACAAGACAGAGACUGAGAGAAACGGAGAGAAAGGAGGGUCUGGAGGAACAAGCAUGUGUGUACCAUGAGAGGAGUAACGGAGCAAGAGGGAGAAACACGCAAUCAGUGUUGUUAAGGAAAGAAACAAGUUUAACCCUGUUCACCCGUACAACGUUUUUCUCCUCCACAACUGUCCAAAACCAUUCUCUCUCUGGACUCCCACAGCAAUAGAAUAGCAGCUACUACUUUAUUUAAUAUGCAAUCCAGUUAAUAUGCAAUCCAGGACUUCAGUUUAUCCAAUAAGUCGAGUCGGUACCUUGAGUUGGUUCCUUGUUAACACACAAACAAACGAUUGCAUAGCACUUGUGUGAUGUUGAACCGCUCUCUGGGCCUAUACGCUCACACUACAUAGCCUGCUACUCGUACAAGUGUCUGCUAAAUGGCAUAUAUUAUUGGACAAGACUGUUAAAUGCAACAACAACAAAAAAGCAUUGUUGAAAAAUAUUUGAUGCCUGAUUAACAUUUAAGUUAAAGUUAAAUGGAUGAGUCAUUAUUGAAAUCAAUCAGUCAUUUUGUGUUUAAUGUGCCCUCAGCCUAUGGGGCAGUCGAGUGACCUGGGAACUGGGCACACAUCUGUCACUGGUUUCCUUUGAAUACAGUAGUCACUGAUGAAUGCUUUGUUGGUGUAACAGUUGGCACACAGCCCAAGCAACCCACCGAACCCCGUAUUGAGGCCAGGAGUCUUAUAUGGAGAGACUAGACCCCAUUCUAUAUAGCCAGUUGGCCCGGCUAUUAUCUAUGGCCUCCCACCAUGAUUCAAUGUGGGCCUUUUUCUAACAGACCCUCUGAUCUCAGUGUACCAGUGGAAAGUCAUUGAAUAGGUUGCUUUAUGCCACAUGGAUGCUAAUAUGAAUGCAUGAUGAUGUCUGUCCCUGUAUGAACUUCACUCAAAUACUUUUAUUUUGAAGUGUACAUGUCAAUCUCAUAAAACUCUUAUUUUAAAGAGCAUUAAAUCUCAUGUCCUCAUUGUUGAGAUGGAACUUUCAAUCACAACCCCAUCCUACCCUGGUUGAAAACUGCUAUGGUCCUUCCAUGUUGGAUGGCUAACUGGCUGUGAGGGAGAGGAAAGGAGACAGCUGCAGACUGCCCGACCUGCAGUAAAUGUUUGACCUGACCUCAACCCAACCAGGGUUCAUGUCCCUGACACUGAGACUGCAACACAGUUGCGUGACAUAUAUAGGACUCUGGAUUCAGGUUGCUAAAAAUAUGAACUUGCCGGUUUGGGACUGACAGUUUGGCUUUGUUAUUUUCUGAUGGAAAACAAGUUGCACCUGAACAAUACUCUUGAUUGGAAUGACAGUUUACUUCUAAUUUAAUGGUUAUUAUUAGUAGCAAAAAAUUAAUUAUUGUAGAAUAUUGAGUAUCUGUACGUGUCAUCAGAAUGCGACUCAAACUUCCUCUGUAUCAUUGCUACAGUAUAUUUCACUCAACAACGUGUGUGUUUGAAACUACAUUACAUGUGCUUUCUCAAACUAGGUGACAGCGUACCAUGUGUUAGAUCUAGCACUACCGUUAAUACUCAACAUUUACUUGAAGGUGGCAUACAUAUGGCAUUCAUAACACCUCAUGAUGUUGAAUAAAUUAGUUAUGAAUGAUACUGGAACACUUGUAAAGGUGUUACGACCUCUUUCAUAUAAGGUUUUAUCCCUUUCAAGGACUAUAUAUGGUUUCAGGAAAAAAAAUCAAUGGAAAACAUGACUGAAUUAAUCAUUCUUGUCUAGUGCCGUGUGUCGCUACUUUAGGAUUUUACUCACUUAUUUGCAAUAAUAACCCCACAUCUGGUGUGAAACCUGGCUAUGUCUGUAUGUGUGAAUAAAACAAUCUAGUGAUUAUGAAUGUG